CCAGAAGCCUAGCGGGUUCGGCUUUGUUUUUCUGCUCUGGGGGUUCAGGGGGCAGAUGGACCGCUCUAGCCCGACACUGCCGGGGAGCCUGCGGGUUUCCGGGCCGCACCGAACCAGGGACAUGGUUCCCGCCCGGCCACUGGCGGAUUGAACGGGGGCUAUCGUGGCAGGGUGGCGGCCAGCUGUGGCGCGGUGCACCGGCGACCGGUCCUGCUGCUGAAUGUCCGGCCCGGAGGAUGAUGAGAGGCUUCUGCCGCUCGCCCAGAGAUGGCCCCGAGCGAGCAAGUUCCUGCUGUCGGGCUGCGCGGCUACCGUGGCCGAGCUAGCAACGUUUCCCCUCGAUCUCACAAAAACUCGACUCCAAAUGCAAGGAGAAGCUGCUCUUGCUCGGUUGGGAGACGGUGCAAGAGAAUCUACCCCCUAUAGGGGCAUGGUGCGCACAGCCCUAGGGAUCAUCCAAGAGGAAGGCUUUCUAAAGCUUUGGCAAGGAGUGACACCCGCCAUUUACCGACACUUAGUGUACUCCGGAGGUCGAAUGGUCACAUACGAACAUCUCCGAGAGGUUGUAUUUGGCAAAAGUGAAGAUAAGCAUUAUCCCCUUUGGAAAUCAGUCAUUGGAGGAGUGAUGGCUGGUGUUAUUGGCCAAUUUUUAGCCAACCCAACUGAUUUAGUGAAGGUUCAGAUGCAAAUGGAAGGAAAAAGGAAACUCGAAGGAAAACCACUGAGAUUUCGUGGUGUGCAUCAUGCAUUUGCAAAAAUCUUAGCUGAAGGAGGAAUACGUGGGCUUUGGGCAGGCUGGGUGCCCAAUAUACAAAGAGCAGCACUGGUGAAUAUGGGAGAUUUAACCACUUACGAUACAGUGAAACACUACUUGGUAUUGAAUACACCUCUUGAGGACAAUAUCAUGACUCAUGGUUUGUCAAGUUUAUGUUCUGGACUAGUAGCUUCUAUUCUGGGAACACCAGCUGAUGUCAUCAAAAGCCGAAUAAUGAAUCAACCUCGAGAUAAACUGGGAAGGGGACUUUUGUAUAAAUCAUCAACAGACUGCUUGAUUCAGGCUGUUCAAGGGGAAGGAUUCAUGAGUCUAUACAAAGGCUUUUUACCAUCUUGGCUGAGAAUGACCCCUUGGUCACUGGUGUUCUGGCUUACUUAUGAAAAAAUCAGAGAGAUGAGUGGAGUCAGUCCAUUUUAAUCCCUUAACGAUACAAUGAUCAAUAUUGUUGAAAUAUGGGCAUCUGCAACACACACCCCCUAUUUCUACCUCUUUAGGAAGACAACUGAAUCCACGGAAACUGAUUUAUAGGGGGCAGCACUUUAUUUUUCUCUGGAAACUUGAAUUCCUCUUUGGCUCCUCUUUUUGUCCAAAAGUGAUCUGGUCGGAUCUCUCAAGUUGGCCUAACAAGACCCAGCACAGCAUUAUUUAAAGAAGAAUUGAACCCUGACCACUUUCACAUUGGGCGAGAAGGUUUGGCCUUUGAGAGGCUAUUCUGUGCUGAAGAGCCUGCUGAGAGGAGGCAUGCCAGGAGGGAACCAGCAUCUCAGAUCUGAAGUAGACGAUAGGAAUGUGGAAGAAUCCAGAGUGCUUAAGAAAUACAUUCAACCUAUUAAUGUCAGCAUUAUAAUUGAAGUUUGACAGUUCAUUUUGCUGCUGCUGUGAAAAGUGUACAUAUUGUAAAUUAAGGGGAGGCGAGUGGAACGUCAUGAAUAAACAUUUUGAGUUUCCCUAGUGU